AUGCCACAAAAAAGCACCGAGGACUCCCUCUACACCAUGAUACAACACAUCAAGGAGAAAUUAAAUGACAAAAAACUGAUCACUGUUGUCUCCCUUGAUAUAGAGGGAGCCUUCGAUAGCGCAUGGUGGCCGGCCAUCAGGACCAGACUGGCUGAGGAAAAGUGCCCGGUGAACAUAAGAAGGAUGAUAGACAGCUACCUCAACGACAGGUGUGUCCGGGUCAGAUAUGCUGGGGUGGAGUGCCGCAGGGACACAAACAAGGGGUGUGUGCAAGGGUCGAUCGGAGGCCCAAUCCUUUGGAAUCUGGUGCUGGAUCCCUUGCUCAAAGGUCUCGAACAGCGAGGCGACUACUGUCAGGCGUUUGCAGACGAUGUCGUCCUCAUUUUCAGCGGGGAUACAGCACUCGAAAUCCAAAGACGUGCCAAUGCCGCCCUCGAGUAUGUUCGGGGGUGGGGCAUCAGAAAUAAGCUGAAAUUUGCGCCACACAAAACAUGCGCCAUGGUCGUAACCAGGAAGCUAAAGUACGAUGUCCCCCUCCUGAGCAUGGGCGGGGUCGCCAUUGGCAUGUCCGAAGAAAUCAAGAUACUAGGGCUUACCGUGGACCACAAGCUCACCUUCAACACGCACGUCGCAAAUGUUUGUAAGAAAGCCAUCAACAUCUACAAACAAUUGGCCAGAGCGGCAAAGGUGAGCUGGGGUCUACACCCCGAGGUGAUCCGCAGCAUAUACAUGGCGGCGGUGGAGCCGGUGAUCCUCUACGCGGCCAGCGCCUGGGCGCCAGCAGCCAGGAAAGUCGGUGUGCAAAAGCACCUAAACUCGGUCCAGCGAGGAUUCGCCCAGAAGCUGUGUGGAGCCUACCGCACCGUCUCACUGCAUUCGGCACUUGUGCUGGCGGGGUUGCUCCCACUCGACCUUAGAAUACAGGAAGCAGCCGCGCUGUAUGAAAUGAAAAAGGGAGUGACCUCGCUGGCUGGUCGUGAGGUGGAACGGGUGGUAGCGUUCGCGGAUACGCCGCACCCGGCGAAACAUACGGCCAUGGGGUUCGUGAGUUUGGUAGACCAGUCACAUGUGGAAACCCACAACAGCCAGGAGAUACGGUUCUUCACAGACGGCAGCAAGAUCGAGGGCAAGGUCGGCGCAGCACUCUCCCUUUGGGAUAGAGAGGCCGAGAUCAAGUCCUCGAAACUCAGUCUGCCGUCUUGCUGUACUGUCUACCAGGCAGAACUCCUGGCCAUAUGCGUAGCCACCAGGCAUAUACUGCGGCGCCGGGAGGGCACUUUUGGCAUAUACAGCGACUCGAAAGCAGCCCUGCAAACGGUCACCAACCAGAGUGCCCUCCACGCCCUGGCAGUGGAAGCAAGGGCGAACCUCAGCGAGGCUUUAUCCCAGGGCAAAGUUACAUCCUUGUUCUGGGUAAAGGCACACGCUGGACUGGAGGGAAAUGAGCGCGCCGACCACCUGGCCAAGGAAGCGGCUUUAAAGAACAAAACCAGGCCAGAUUACGACCUCUGCCCGGUUUCAUUCGUCAAGCGGCAGAUCCGAUUGGAGUCGCUGGGCGAAUGGAAUCGGAGAUACGGAAACGGAGCGACAGCGGGGGUCACAAAGAUCUUCUUGCCGGACGCUGCGGACGCGUACAGGAUCGUCAGAAAAAUUCUGCCACGUGGGUAA